GAGCACAUUUGAAGUGAAGGAAGCAUAGCAUCUGGUGGAGUGGAAGGGCAUUCAGCUGCUCAGAAUGUCCGGCUGAGCUGACGACGACAGUCUUGUCUGCCUGCCUGUACACCACAUACACAAAAGGGAAACAUGAGUAGCCAACCCAUCUGUCCAUCGCAUCGACCAAGCCAACAUGCGUCGGUGCGACACACCGGGCGAUACACAUACGCACAUAGCACUAAAUCGGCAUGCCCCUCUCUCCCUCCACCCCUCCAUCCAUUUAUCCAGCCGCCCACACUCAGCCACACGCAUAUCGACCUGCCUUCAGCUCCCCUGUGAGCCCCACUCCUCCCCACUCUCAUUAUCUUCAUCUUCUUCAACAUACGCCUCGUAGUUCUGAUGCCACUCAUCGUGGGAGUCCAUGUCCCCAUCCUCCUUGGUCAUCUUGUCCAGCUCCCCCCUGGUAAUGAAUCUCGGCAGCCGCUUCUGCCCGCUCAUGCGGAUGCGGCGCAGGGCCUUGGUAGGCCGGGACGACACCUCCCACCGGUAGUUCUCCGCCUGGGUCCGCCGCACCGCCUCCUCGCUGUUGCGUAUCGUCAGGCUGCGAUCCAUCCCGCCAUCACGGCCCUUACGCGGAUCUGCAGACACGAACAGACACACGGGGCGGGAGGAGUGGGCAUCAUGUGUAUGUGUGUUUGGACUGACCGAAAAUGGCUUUGGUGACGCCGUCGCCGCCCAGUAUCCUGAGCGGCAUGAGCCCCCUGUGCCGCAAAGCCACCUCGAGCAGGAUGAGCACGUAGGCGUCGAGGGCGGCGUAGUGCCGCUGAGUGUCCGAGAGGGGCCUGAAGUUCCAGUUGGACAGCUGCGGGGCCUUGUCCAGGUGGCCACCCAGGAAGUCGACACACAUCUCGCUCAGCGUCCCCAGCUCCACCAGCCUCUCGUGUUCGGCCUCGUGGUCCUUCAGCCUCCCCUCUCUCUCCCUCUCCAUCACACGGCUCCCGCGAAUGCUCCUCGGGUAAUGCCGCCGCAGGUACCACUCGUCGCGCACGGAUCUGGGCACUUUCAUGUCGGCAGAGGGGCCGCCGAUGGUGCCCUUGACGCGGAUCUGCUGCUGCGCGUCGUGCAGCGACUGCUGGUGCAGGUCUGUGGCUCGCUGGAGGAGGGAGAAGUCGUGCGUCUCGAGGGCCUGUGUCAGGAGGUCUUGCACGUCGUGGAUGGGCUCGGGCUCCUCUGGAAAGCUCACGCGAAAUGUCUCUCUCCGGGGAUCCCUGAAGCACCCACAGCACCCACAAGAGGCAACAGACAAAGCAAUACACAAGAGGUGAGCGCCACCCUGUGGAUGGAUGGUACCAUCACACUGACUGACUGACUUGAGGUCGACAAAGUUGGUGAGAGUGUUUAGGAGGCCGACGUCUUCCAUGGCCACACACAGCCGCUGGUAGUCGAUUUGGAACUGGUACCCCACCUUGAGGAUGUGCGGGUUGGUGAGCGUCCACCGCAGCAGCUGAAACUCCAUCGACCGGUACAGCUCCGACCGGUUGUUGAGGUCCAGCAGGAACACCUCGCUCGGCGUGGCCAGCUGCACCAGCGAAGCCCACUGCGGCGGGCUCCACUCGACGUCCAGCCCCACCAUGUCCACCUGCCCCUCCUUCAUGAACCGAAACACCGCACUCAGCUCGCUCGGCGUGUCGAUGAAGUGCACCUUCUCGUCGGGCAAAGGCAGCUCCAGCGGACCCACCCCACCACCAGCCGCUACCCCGCCGCUUUUCAUUGCUCGCCGUCUGGCCGCCCGCACCCCCUGCGCACCGGCGUGCCAGUGGAUGACUUUUGAUUGCGGGUCGAAGUCCUUGGCGGCCCGGAAGCGGGCGCUCAGCUGGCGGCUCUCGCCGGGGGGCGCCAGCCACGACGCCACCACUGCAUUCUCGGUGGUGUCCUCGUCUGUCCUUCUCGUGCCGCGCAGUGGCUGCCUUUUCCGCUGGAAGUGUAGGAAGCGAAGAAGGGCCCUCUCGGCGUGGCCGAAGCGGGUCACACGACGGAUCGAGUCGGUCACGAACGCGUCUUGCUCCUCUCUGGGCCUUUCAGCACUCUGCCCCUCGCUCUCUCCUGUCGCUUGGUCUGUCGCCGUGGCGCCCUCCUGGCUCGCCUGUUGGUCUCCCGCGAUGCGCGGCAUGGCUGUUUCAUCCCCUUCUGGCGGCAGUGAGGGUCUCGCAGCGGGGUCGAAUAGCCACCGGUAGUCCUCCUUCAGCAGCAUGGUGAGCACCGAGUCUGCGGGGAUGAGAUGUGGCUCUGCCAGGGCCUUCUCGAUGUGCAGUGCGUGGGCGAAGCUCCAGGCGUCCCGCAGCAGGCCCGUGUGUUGGCUCCUGGCCUUGAGGCGCUGCAAGGCGUCGAUGAGUAGGGGGAAGGACCGCAGGUUGGCCAGGAAGUAGAGCAGGGCGUGGAGCGAGUGGCGGCGGAUGGUGAGGUCCAGCAGCUUCCCGAGCGUCCAUGGGCUGCCGCCGAUGCCCUCGUCCAGACUCUCCAUGUCCACACCAACACACCAACACACACACACACACACGAGAAAUGCACAUGUGUUGGUCAGUGUGACUCUGACUCUGAUUCUGACCCACUUACUUUGAUGGGAUGGAACAGGAACGCCAGCUGCAGGGCCUCAUAGAUGCGCGGGGGCUGUAUCCCCCUCCCAAGCCGCCGCGGGCUGGUGAGGAAGGUCAGCAGGAGGUCGAUGUUGCUCGCCUGCAGGAGGCCGCCCUUGACGGGCUCCCGCAAGUGCAGGUCGUCCAGCAGCCUCAAGAAAGCCCCGGGGCCCACCACAUCCAGCAGCCGAUUGAUGUCGAUGCGCUGGAAAGAGUCAGGAUUCAGCGAAAUGAACCUGCAAGCGUUCGUUCAUCAGACUGAUAAAGGCCACGCCCUGUUCCGUCGCUUGCUGUCUGCCAUCCAUCUGACCUGGCGAAGCUCUCGAGGACGGUGCGUUUGAGUCUGGCUCUGCGGCCCGUGCGUAUGGUUGGCGAGAUGCGGUGGAAGAUGGCGGGGUUGAGGAUCCCGAAGACCAGCUCGGCGCCCGGCUGCACGUGGUGCUUCUCAAACAGCAGACUGCACGAAGUGUACACGUCAGACUGAAACGCCUCUAUUCUAAACACACACACACACACACACACACACACAGUGAAAGCACCACACCAGCAAAUAAAUCCCAUCGCACCUCUGCUUGGUCUCUUCGGCGUCCUCCGUGCCCUCGAGCGCAUCAAGCGCCUGGAAUAUGAGGUUUGCGGCGAUCUCCUCUGUCCGCCCCUGGGCACACAGCCUCGGGAGCAGCUCGUAGAGCUUGGCGCCAUGGUGGAUGGUGAAGCGCUCUCUGGCUGGGGUGGCGGGGCGGACGUGUUUGGUCAUCUCCACGUUCCGACGCAGUGCAGGGGGCAGGUCGACGGGAAACAGGGGCUUGUGCCGGCCUGCGGUGGGCGGCUGUUGAUGAUGCUGCUGACUGUGGUGCUGGCCAGGGCGGAGAGAGGCCGUCAGGCGAACGAUGCUGCGACGCAUUGCGGUUGCGACCCAUCGAAAAGAUGAUCUGUGCAGCAGAUCUUGAUCCUGGUUGUAUCGAAGCCCAUCCAAGACAACAGACCAGCGGGAAGAAGUCG